AUGGCGCAAUUCAUCGAUAACAUCCCGGUGCUCCAGGCUCCCCUUACAUCAAUUCAUGCCCCUGGCGCUCAAUAUAAUGGCCUCAACCCUGCAACUCGCACACUGACUGCAGGAUUUCAAAAAAAGUCUUCUCAUCGUCCAUUUCGCGCUGCUGCUAUUUUCGAACAGGAUAUAGAGGUUCCUCUUCGAGACGGAGUAGUCAUUCGGGCGGACGUCUUUCGACCAGCGGACGUAAAUGAUCCCGUCCCCGCGUUGGUGGUAUGGAGUCCUUACGGGAAAUCAGGUACUGACAUCAUUCUGGGACGCGUGGGUGUGGCCCAAAGCAGGCUCUCAGGGUUUGAGAGCUUCGAAGGGCCCGUCCCGGCAGAGUGGACAGCUAGGGGCUACGCCAUCGUCAAUGUGAACAGCCGAGGGUCAUACGACUCACAAGGCGAUGUCAGGUCAGCUUCAAAUCCCACCAGGGAGGGUCAUGAUGGCUAUGAUACCAUUGAACAUGUCGCAAGGUUGCCGUGGUGCAGUGGCAAGAUUGCCAUGGUCGGAAAUUCUUGGCUUGCGAUGGCUCAGUGGCAUAUUGCUGCACAGAAUCCUCCUCAUCUGACUUGUUUUGCUCCGCUGGAGGGCUGCAGUGACUUCUAUCGUGAGUCGCUAUGCAGGGGUGGUGUCCCUUAUCUACCAUUUUGGGGAUUCCUCGGAGGACAGACUCUCUUUGGAAGAAACAACCAGGAAGAUGUUAUUGGUAUGUUGGAAAAGUAUCCCCGAUUGAACGCAUACUGGGAAGACAAGAGGGCAAAGAUAGAGCAAAUUAAAAUUCCGUGUUAUGUCCUCGCCAGCUAUUCGACUGGUCUACAUACUAUCGGUUCUUUUCGUGAGCCCGAAUACAAUCACAUAUUCACCGAUUUCCCCGUUCCCAGCACGGAGUAUCGUAUCUAUUACCUAUCACAAGAUGGCACACUUACAUGGAGCCCAGACCAAAUGUCGACAACACUGUCAUAUCAGUCAGAUGUUACAGCUCUCCAGAUGGACUCUGACUCUGAAGAACUCAGCUUUGACUGUACGCUACCUACCGAUAGUUACCUCGUCGGGUAUUCCAAAGCGGUUCUUUACAUGUCAUGCCCAGAUCACGAUGACCUGGAUGUUUUUGUGCAAAUACGCAAGGCUGACUCCACUGGGGAAGUUCUUCAAAACAUCAAUAUUCCCCUCCAGGAGUUAGGUGUAGACGCCGAAGAGGUGGCCCUGAUCAACACCAACGUGUAUGUUGGACCAUUGGGUAUCCUCCGUGCCAGCCGUCGCAAAAUAGAUAUGGAUAGAUCGAAGCCGCAUUGGGCCCUCCAUAGCCAUAACGAGGAUGAAAAGAUCUCGCCAGGGACGAUUGUAAAGCUCGAAAUUGGCAUCUGGCCGUCUGGUAUAAAAUUUGAAAAGGGAGAGAAGCUGGUAUUUAAAGUGUCUGGGCAUGACAUGAGGCUGGCCGAGUUCGAACCGCUGCGUGGCAAAUUUACAACAAGCAACAAAGGGCUCAUUUUGUGCACAUGGGUGCAGACUAUCCUAGCUAUGUCCAGGUUCCCUUUAUAA